AUGACAGCCAGGUAUUCUAUGAGAGAAACUGAUUUGUUAAUGAAUUCCAGUAGUGGUUCCUUGAACAAGGAAGAUGCCACAAACAAUGCUGUUACCACAAAAUCCAUGUCUGAAGAAGAGAAAAUCUUGUCAAAAAUCCAAGAGGAAAACCAAAAACUAGAAAAAUUAAAAGCGUCUAGGGAAGAAUACCUCCCAAUAUCACUAGCCGUAUUUCAUAUCCAAGGAUCUUCAAAGGAAGACAAAGAUUAUUUUAGAGAAAAGACUGAAAAAGACAAAGACUGUUUCACAUCACUAUGUUCACUGAUAAGCAACCUCCAAUGAUAGGUAUAUAAGAAUGCUAUGGACAAUAUCAGAAGUGCCAAGAAAACUCUUGUACCAGCUCUGUGACUUACCAAAGCAAGUUCUGAGCAUCAGAAGAAUUAUCAUAAGGCACCAUUUGAGCUGUGGAUUAAGUGGAGUAGAAGCCAGUCUGAAAAUGAAGAUGAUGAUAUUCAGCUCCUGGAAAUCCAGAUGCUGGGCAUGUCCUGUAACAUCGUCUUGAAAUUAAAAUCAGCCUUCAUGGACCUGAUGCCUAAAGUCCAAGGUCUCCCAACCAACUUACGUAAGAUCCAACAGGCUUGUUAUGAUAUGCAGGAACUUCAUAACACCUUUUCCUUAAGUAAUAAGUUUGAAGAUCUAGACAAGUAUCAUCUGACCCAGAGCCAACUGAGGUUUACUCAAGCCCAGGGAAGUAUAGAAGAAUUGUUUUAUUUCUGAGAAAAUGGUAUUCCUUCUGGUUGGCGCUUAGGACCACUAUCUCUCAAUAUCUCUUACCAGGGCUCUCAAGGAUCUCCUGGUGUCCCAGGACCACCUGGGCCAGUUGGCCCCCCAGGCCUCCCUGGAGAGAUUGGCUUCUCUGGAAAACCUGGUCAACCUGGCCAACCAGGUUCCCCUGGUAAAGAUGGGACAAAUGGACUUCCUGGAUUGCAAGGACCUAAGGGAGAGCCAGGAGAAAGAGGAGAAUAUGGUUUACCUGGAAAUCCUGGACCUAGGGGUGAAGUUGGGGAGCAAGGUCUAGUGGGCAUGCCUGGUGAGAAGGGAGAAAUGGGGCUUCCAGGAUCCCCAGGACUUCAAGGACUAAGAGGAGAAAAGGGAGAUGAGGGUGAAAAAGGUGGCCUGGGACUCCCUGGACUGAAAGGUGAUAGAGGUAACAAGGGUGAAGCUGGUCCUCCUGGGCCCCCUGGUCCUCCUGGCUUUCCUGGAACAAUUUCACAUUUCACUCCGCAUCCUCACAUGCCUGGGGAAGCUGGGCAGAAAGGCGAGAAAGGAGAUCCAGGCAUCAAUGGGGAACCUGGACCACGUGGUUUUCCAGGUGAAGUAGGACCAAAGGGACCUCCAGGACCCCCGGGUGCUCAAGGCCCAGAAGGAGCCCGAGGGGGACCUGGAGCAGCUGGAAACACUGGAGCUCCUGGACCAAUCGGUCCCCCUGGUGCCCGUGGUCUCCCAGGAAAUGUGGGAAUCCCUGGAGUCAUGGGACCACCAGGAAAAACUGGUGAGAGAGGAGAAAAGGGAGAACCUGGUGAGGAAGGAAAAACAGGACCACUUGGUCCCAGAGGUGAUCCUGGCCCUCCUGGAGAACCUGGGCCACCUGGGAAAGGGAAGGAAGGAGAGCCAGGACGUCCUGGUGUGCCUGGAUUACCGGGGCCUCAAGGACACAAGGGGGACCGAGGUGCUCCAGGCUUGCCUGGCCAACCUGGAAGUAGAGGAGGCCCAGGAAUUGGAAUAGCAGGUCCUCCAGGUUCCACUGGACCACCAGGAGAAAAAGGACCACCAGGUUCUCGAGGGUUACCCGGAUUCCCAGGUCCACAAGGUCCAGCUGGACAAGAUGGUCUACCCGGAAAUCCAGGAGAAAGAGGUGCACCAGGAAAACCAGGUCCCUCUCCUCUUCUGUCUCCAGAGGAUCUAAAUCUCUUAGUGAAGGAUGUUUGCAAUGACUGUCCACCUGGUCCUCCAGGACUUCCUGGGCUUCCAGGAUUGAAGGGAGAUAAGGGCCUUCAGGGAAAACCAGGAAGAGAUGGUGCAGACGGGAAAAAGGGAGAUGCUGGACUCAAAGGCCUCCCAGGACCUCCUGGAUUAACUGGACCAAAGGGCACUAAAGGAGAACCAGGAGCAGAUGGUGAGAUUGGACAAAAAGGUGAACAGGAAUAA